UAUUUAUUUCAAUGGCAACUGUUUAUUAAUGGCGGCGAAGCGGCAAUUCUUUAUUAUUAACAUGAUAUUAUAAAGAUAUGUUAAAAUGGAUGGCUAUCUGAAUUCGUCGCUGGAGCAGCAGACCAUAUACGACAUAUACCGAGCAUGUCGGCUGUGCGGAGCUGGCGCCGGGUAUAAGAUGCCCAUCAUGCAGAACGUCGUUCACUUGGACAGUUCUGAGGUGGAAUUGAAGCAGAAAAUACGAGAAUGUGUACAGAUUGAGGUUCACCAAGAGGACAAAAUGCCCCCGUUGAUAUGCGAGCUGUGUGUGGAUAAAGUGAAUGAUUUCUACGAGUUUCUAGAGAUGUGCCGUCAGACUAACAAACGAACCCGGCUACGUCUGGGGCUGCCUCCUCAGACAAUGCCACGAGGGGCACCUGAUGCCGGGGACUGUAUAUUAGGUGUGACCGAACCGGUCUAUUUGAAUGAAGACUCCAAUGAAUCGCUUCUGAAGCCCCGAGAGAGGAACUUCAAGGGCAGGUUCAAGAAGGAACACGAAUCUAACAAGAAAGGAUCCAGGGGUAAGGACGCCCGCAUCGACCUGACACAGGCCACUCCGCCACGACACAGAGCCAACAAGAGAGUGCUGGACGAAGACGUGUCUCUCAGUAUGCUACAGGUGGGUUCAACAAAGAGGUCGGUGAAGAUGCAGAGGUCCAUACUGAGGAACGAUGAAAUUAAGGUGGAAGAGGACAGCUCCCCGUCCAGGUCCAAGAGAGGUCGGGACUCGAAGGAGAAACAAGCCACUAAGAGAGUUAAGAUAGUUGACAGCAAGGCGGCCCGGAAAGACAAGGUGGACUUCAGGUGCAAGACUUGCAAGGCUCACUUCACGACGAGCCGCUCCCUGGACAGGCACACGCGCACUCACACGCUGAAACUCAAGAAGGCGAGCAAGGCGGUCAGCUGCAGCAAGUGUAAGAGAGACUUCCCGACUAAGAGCGGCAUGGACAAACACAGGUGCAGCACCGCCGCCCGCUACAACUGUUCCCUGUGCGGCCGGGCCAUCAACAACGCGAGUAACCUGGCGGCGCACGAGAGAGCCUGUCGCAACAAGAAAGAGUUCAAAGUGAGUCCUGUUGUCAUGAAGCAGCUGAGACCGGUCCGAAUACAGCUCCAGAGGUGUGACUCCCUGCUGGAGACGCGGAGAGGGGAGAGCUUUGACGUGUCCUCGGUACAAGAGAACUUUGGUCUGGACAAGAACUGUAUCUACCCGUACCUGAGGAGGAGCAUCAAGACUGAACCCGCUUACAUGGUGAACAUACACGAGGACAUCGAUGACUUUGAUUUGAACCAGGAGUAUGUACACUGGGACUCGGACAGCACAGCAUCAGACGCGGAGACGAGAGACACGGUCGGCUCCUUGACCGCUCUCACGUUAAAAACUAUAUUCUCAGACAAAUUGAUCGGGAAAGUGCCCAAGAGGAGACGAAGGCUGAGGAAGACGUCGGACUCGAACUUCAGUUCAGAGAAGCUUGGCAUUGAUAGUAUCAUAAACAGUUUGGACAAGAGAGACGAUGAUUCCCUGUUCGGCGAUGAGAAGGUGGCUCCUGUCAGCAACGAUGACUUCGACUCAUUACUGGUCGAGCAGGAGAGUAAUGGACCCAACGAACUGAACAGGUUACGAGAUGACUUACAUGUUAAAGGUGACGACUCGAGCAACGAGGGUAUAGGGAAUAAUAUAAGCAAUGACUCGAUAGGUACAGAUACGAAAAGCAAAGACAACACUAAUCAUACAGGUCCGGGAAGUGACCUUAGUCACCAUCAAGCUACUGAGGACCCGAGGCGAUGUGAUGUGGACAGAGACAGUAGGAAUGAAGCUACUACAGACAGCUCUGUGGAUUGUACAGAUAAUAAUACAGUGUGUGGCGGUAAUGUUAGUGAUAGGCUUGUUAAUGAUAAUCACACGCGGACUGAUGAUAAUGAUACGACAGCUCAUGAUAAUGAUACGAGAUAUAAUGACAAACUAGUUAAUGAUAAUGACACGCGAAGUAAGGACACAGGAGAUAAUGAUACGCUACAUAAUGAUGAUGAUAUGUCAUUUAAUGGUAACGUCGCACGAGAUGAUCAUACAAGGGAUAAUGGUACAUCAGUUAAUGAUAAUGACACGCCAGUUAACGAUAAUGAUACGAUAGAAGAUGAAAAUGCAGACAUUACUAUUGAAAAGGUUGAGGAAAAAGUCCUUAGUAACAAUGAGGUUAGUAUCAAUGAUGAUGAAGAAGAAUAUAAAGACGAACAAACUGAUUUAGAUGAUGGAGAGGUGACCGAAGACAUAGAUGACCAGAAACUGAUGGAAGCUCUGGAUGAACAGCUGGGCGAAGAGGCCGGUGAGAAGGAUGCCAGCACCGAGGACAAGGCCAACGCAGACCCGGUGAGUAUAUCCAGCGGUGAAGUGGACUGAUGGCUUCCAGGUGUUGAGCUGCGACUGGAUUCAGUUUACAAUUAUGUUUUGAACUCAUAAACAAACUAACAUCUCAGACAAAUUAUAUACUAGUUAUGUUUUAGUAAUAGAGAAUUAUGUUAAACGGAGGACAUAGAAAAUAUAUUUUAAAUAAAAUAGAUUACAUUUUC